AUGAAUAUGCAUUCAACCAAGAAGCGUCGAAGCAUCAACCGCUGCGAUUCCGGUGCGACCAACAAAGGAGAUCGUUUCAGGCUGUUUCAGGUUCCCGAAGUCUCUCAAAGUUCAGCUACCCUUCUGCAACAUCCCCCAUCCCCCUCCAACCAACCGAAACAUUUCCAUAUUCGAACUCAAGCAUCUUUUCGACAAUCCUUGGAUGACCUCUCACUCGAUCGCCAUCCUGGAAACCUCGAGCUAGUCGAACCCAUUCGAUUAUUCGUACAACCCACUCAUCUAAAACCCAAUCGCCCCGCCCCACCCCGCCACGCAAGCCACCACCUUGAACUUCGAGAGAAGAAAGAAUUGAAAUCUCGUUCGAGCUCAGACCUUCUUUCCCGGAAGGAUAACCGCGAUCGGCAUUGA